CUUCACUCACCAUAUCUCGGUCGUUUAGUCAAUACGCGACCCCACGAGAAGGCGCUCCGCCCUAAAGUUAAUCAUCCCCUCAUAGGCGAUUUGAGACACCGUUUCAGGACACACAGGCUCCACCACAGAAAAGGUCAGUUAUUGCACCAAUUUAACUUCUUUUUUUCACUUAUUCGCCCGCGUCCGCUGCAAACUUAACGCGAAUGUGCCUUGGACGAGCCCCUUGAGCGAAAAAGUGUGAAGAAAAAAAAAUAGAAUUAUCGAUCAUCUCAAGGUCUCGUGGCAAAAAAAUUGCAUUAAUCGACCUCAUUCGCGGUGAUUUGCAUGUGAAAUCCCACGGGACGUUUUUUCCGGAUACCGUUCCCGGAAAAAAAUUUAAAGAAAAAAUUGUGCUGAAAUUUGUUGGAAAAUUUUCUCAUAAAAGUUAUGUAACCUGACCUAGGGGGAAGAAGAACAUGAAGAGUUUUGUGUGUUGAGUGAGCGAGACGGAGGCUAUGUGAAAAUUACGUAAAGUGUUCUACAAUAAACGGAGAAAAUCGGUCACAUGUGAUUUGGGAAUUAUUCUCUAGGAGAUAAUUCCGGUUCUAAUUCUUCUAAGCUUUUCUUUUUAAUACUUUUUCAAUAGAAUGGGAAAUUGUGCGGAAAAUGUUCACUAUUUAUGCAAGAAGACGCCGCGUAGACGUUUCGUUACGUAAUUUCAAUUAUUUUCUUAGUACCCUUGGAACCAUUUUGAGCUUCUUCAUCAAUACCUAACGGUUACCUUUGCAAAAAUGAAAUCUCAAAAAUCUCAUAAGAUCGUGAAAUGUUCUAAAAUUUUUCCGAUUAGAUCAAAUUGAUAUAGAAUUAUAAAUUAGAAUUGUUUUUUUAGAUCAAUUCUGAUUAUGUUGUAUAAUAAUCCUCAAGAACAGGUCUUCAUGUCAUUGAAGUUAGAAAUCUUAAAGAUAAACAUGAUCGCCAUCUUUGAUUUUUCAAGAUAAAAACAAUCGCCAUCUUUAAAGGAUUUUAAUCAUUCUUAGAGCAAAAAUAGUAGGAUUUUAAUUUUUUUAAACGUGAUGCAUUAUCCAAGAUCAGCUGUGAUCCGUUGGCAAACAUGGAGAUCACAGCCUCUCUGUCUAUAAUCAUGCAUCUGUUUGCUACAGAUCUCACGAAGUUAAGAUUAAAAGCAACCCGAAUGCAAAUUAGGCCAAGUCUAAGUUAGCUCAUCACACCACAGUGUGUGAUGUGUUGUGUUUGAUUUCGCAAGAAAACCCGAAAGGGAGAUCCAUUUUUAGAUUUGUCCCCAAAUCCAAUUAACAAGUGCAUGCUCCGCGGGAUCAUUCCCCGCAUGCACAACAUUGUCUUCCUGCUCUUGGGGAGACAAUGACGAAGGUCAAAAUCAAUUAUUUUCGCACUCAUCCAUCGCAUCGUAAUCAAUUAACGACUUUUUAUUCUCUUCAAAAGUUUUUCCCAUAGACCACGUGAAAAUGACGUCAAGAUAAUUUUUCGUGGCCCGGUUUAUUUAUAAAUGGCCACUUUUUUUUUGUUUCUUUCUCUAAAACCAUGAUUACUCAACAUUUUGCAGCGUCUGCUGAAAAUUAUAUAAUAUUUUGGGGGAAAUUAUGCAACACGUGAUUUCCUUGGAUAUUUUCCAAAAAAAAAAAGAAUGGUCCACUGUACUAAAAAAGCAACCAAACAAUUAUUUUCAAUUGAAUUCAUUGAGAAAUUUGAAAUUACUUAUUUUUCAAAUUAAGUAAAAUGUUAUAUGAAAGUUCGAGACAUUCACGAUAGUUUUGUCCUGAAGGAUGUUCUGUUUUGUUUUGUGGCUCAUGAGGAUAAAAUCGCGGGAUUUUUCUUACAUCCCCCGCAAAAAAUCCAUUUUUUUUUCUUUGGAAUUUUUCUUGGAAGAAAUCAUAACCUCACACUUUUUCCGCCCUCUUCACCCUAACCUCCUUCGGUGACGUUCUCUUUCUCUUCGGUCGCCAUCUUAGUUGCGCGUGGAAAAGUUCGCUCUGUGGAAAAUUCGCAUUUUACCCCGUAAAAAGUCGAAAACAUGCCCGGAAUCACAGACCCCGUUGCUUUUCUGAAGGAUUUCGCCGCCGGAGGUAUCUCCGCGGCGGUGUCCAAGACUGCAGUCGCCCCCAUUGAGCGUGUGAAGCUCCUGCUUCAGGUGCAGCACAUCUCUAAACAAAUCGCCCCUGAGCAGCGGUAUAAGGGUAUGGUUGACUGCUUCGUGCGAAUUCCACGCGAACAGGGUGUUCUUGCCUACUGGCGUGGCAACUUUGCCAAUGUGAUCCGUUAUUUCCCAACCCAGGCCCUCAACUUCGCCUUCAAGGACAAGUACAAGCAGGUCUUCUUGGGCGGUGUUGACAAGCACACGCAAUUCUGGCGCUACUUCGUCGGCAAUCUGGCCUCCGGUGGUAUGGCUGGUGCCACAUCCCUUUGCUUUGUGUAUCCUCUCGAUUUCGCCCGUACCCGCUUGGCUGCUGAUAUUGGUAAGAGCGGUGCUGAGCGUGAAUUCUCCGGUCUGGGCAAUUGCUUGGCAAAGAUCUUCAAGGCUGACGGUAUUGUUGGGCUGUACCGUGGAUUCGGUGUAUCUGUCCAGGGUAUCAUCAUCUACCGUGCCGCUUAUUUCGGCUUCUACGAUACUGCCCGUGGAAUGUUGCCUGAUCCCAAGAAAACACCCAUCUACAUCAACUGGGCUAUUGCUCAGGUUGUCACAACAGUUGCUGGUAUUGUGUCGUAUCCAUUCGAUACUGUACGUCGUCGUAUGAUGAUGCAGUCUGGACGCAAGAAGACCGAGAUUGUCUACAAGAACACACUUCACUGCUGGUCGACAAUUGCCAAACAAGAAGGUAGCAGUGCCUUCUUCAAGGGCGCCUUCUCCAACGUUCUCCGUGGCACAGGCGGUGCUUUCGUACUUGUGUUGUACGAUGAAAUUAAGAAAUUCUUGUAAAUUAAAUUAUUUUAUUUAUCAACCGCCAAUAAAGCUACGGAGUUAAAAAAGUACACCGAAUUCCAAUAAAUUACUAAAGAAAAAACACACAGAAAUUAUAAAAAUCCGCAACACGUGCUAAGUCAUUGGAGUUCCCCGGAUAAAUAAAAGCAACAAUAGAAGCAAAAAUGGCAAAUGAUAAAGUAUUAAGAAAUUAAAAGAAAAAAAAUAAUGUGGGUUUUUGUCUUUCUGCGGACAAAAGACGGAGUUAAAGAAAUUCCAGAAUCAAGUGAAAUUGUAGCCAAUAAACCACAUAACUAAUGAAAAAACAAACCAUGCAAGUUUAAGUGUUCUCGGAUAAUGUAGAAUUCUCCUUUUUUUUGGCUUUAAGAACUUAUAGGAAUCAAAGUUAUCAUUUCACCCAAUUGUGUGUACACGGACUUUGUUUGCCCUCGCAGCAGUGUAGGAAGGAGUUGAGAGACAUAAAAUACUUUAAUUUCAAUGGAACAGUGGAGAUAAAUAAAUUGAUGAAAGAAAGUUAA